AAGUCAUAGCUCUCUUGCACGCUUUCGCUAUCGAACCUUCGGAUAUGAUAUUAGCAAAAGUCGCCAUCCUACAGAUCGAAUCCCAUGGAAUUUUCGACAACCCAUUUCAGAAUGUCCUGAAAUAAAUCGCAUCCACAUGUGAUUUUUCGGUUUCUUUAACCUCUUUCCUCUCUCCAUAUAUCAUAAUAUAUAGCGUAUCCUCUAUAUAUAUGGCGCAUCAAAAAACAAGUACUCUCCCAUAUACUUUCUUUCUUUGCGAUUCUUUCUCUUCUUCAACUCUCAGAGAGAGAGAGAGAGAGAGAACUGUUCAUGCAUGGCUGCGACGAUGAUGAUGAUGAUGAUGAUGAGCAAGACAAGAUGGGCGGUGACAGUGCUGGGGAGGUUUCUGAAUGAGACAGUGAGUUUGGUCGUGUUCUGUGUGUUGGACAUAAUAGAUUGCUUGCUCUGUCUCCUCUACAAAGCUGCGGAUUAUCUGCUCGAAGCAGAAUGGAAGCCUUGCUAUUGCUUGUCGGCCAAGGAACCCAUCACCACCACUCGUGGCAAAAUCCUUGUUUCCCACAACAAUGGCGAAUCCAACAUUCUCACCCUUUCUCCUCCCCAAGAACUCAGUUCACGAUCCAAGAUUCAGCUCGAGGAAAUCUCCGACACUCUCUAUUCCCGUGCCUCUCUUAUAUCCGAGCUCUCGAAGCUCUCGGUUGACGAGCUGAGCAAACGGUUGCCUAAGGUUCGGUCAGAAUACGCUGAUCACGAGAAGGCGAGGAAGAAAGGAAGAGGGAAGAGGUUGACCGUGAACUUCACGGUAGUCGAAAUGCUUCAAGGAAAGAUCCGACCGCAGAAUCUGAAUCCGGUCUCGAGGUGGUCGGAUUGCGAUUGCGGGUUUUGCACUUGUUGGGCCUCAAGUUGUCGCAAAGAUCAAUCUCUCUUUGUCAAAACUCAAAUCCCGAAAGGAAAUACGGCGAAAGAGGACGUGUUGUUCAUCCACGGUUUCAUAUCUUCUUCAGCGUUCUGGUCGGAGACGGUUUUCUCGAACUUGUCGAGUUCGGCCAAGGCGAAUUAUAGACUAUUCGCUGUAGAUCUUUUAGGGUUUGGGAAGAGCCCUAAGCCUGCGGACUCACUCUACACGCUAAGGGAGCAUCUGGAGAUGAUCGAGAAAUCGGUUUUACAAAAAUACAACGUGAAGUCUUUUCACGUCGUCGCUCAUUCCUUGGGCUGCAUUUUGGCUCUCGGCCUCGCUGUCCGACACGGUGGCUCAGUCAAGUCGCUCACCCUCUUGGCCCCGCCGUAUUAUCCGGUGCCAAAGGAAGAGGCCGAGCCGACGCAGUACGUGAUGAGGAAGGUGGCGCCGAGAAGGGUGUGGCCGCCGAUAUCGUUCGGGGCUUCGAUGGCGUGCUGGUACGAACACAUCAGCCGUACCAUUUGUUUGCUCAUCUGCAAGAACCACCGUCUAUGGGAAUUUCUCGCCAAACUCAUCACACGUAACAGGAUAAGGACUUUUUUAAUGGAAGGCUUCUUCUGCCACACGCACAACGCGGCAUGGCACACGUUACACAACAUCAUAUGUGGAACAGGGAGCAAACUCCAUACGUAUUUGGACAUCGUGCGAGACAAACUCGAUUGCCACGUCACCAUCUUCCACGGCAGAGACGACGAAGUCAUCCCUUUGGAAUGCAGCUUCGACGUUCAACGUCGUGUUCCACGUGCUAAGGUCAAGGUCGUUGAGAACAAAGAUCACAUCACCAUUGUUGUCGGCCGGCAGAAAGCCUUUGCCAGAGAGCUCGAGGAGAUUUGGAAUGGAGUUUGAUUUUUACAUUUUUAAUAAUUGUGAUCAAUUAUAUAAAGGGGUUUUUCAAAUAUAUAUAUAUAUAUAUAUAAACGAACCCUUUUCGAGGGGAUAUAAAACAAUUUAAGAACUAGUAAUUCUUGAAUUGGGCUUAAGUUGUUAUUGUGAGAUUGAGAUUU